CUCCAAUCGCGGGUUGUUUGAAAGCUAGAUACUAGAUCAUUGUCUAUAAUUUUUUGUGGAUAUAUUGUACUACAGCUAUUCAGAUUUCAUAAUUAUCAUGUUUUAUCACAGUUCUUGCCAAACAGUAAUCACAUAGUAACAUUAUUCGGUGUGUGUGAUCAUUUUAAACCUUGAAAUUGUUGGCAUUUAUACUUAAUACAUAUCGAUGCCAGAUAUUUCGGAAUACCGUCUCGGAAGCGCAUGUAGAGUAAAUAAUUCAGAACAAUUACCAGAAAAAUCAGAGUUAGAGGUUGCUCCUAUAGAUCCAUCAGAUGUAAAUGCACCAAAACUUGAGAGUUCAUUUCCAGUUGUCGAAUUACAUAGUGAAGCCAGUAAUAAAUUAUCUUCUGGCGACAACUGCUCCGAUAAAAAUGAUCAAAAUACAGAAAGGACCACUUGCUGUUGUCACGACAGUAAAAAUGAGUGCGUCCUACUCAACGAUUCCAAUUCAUCAUCUUGGUUACGACGUUUAUUCACAUCAAGUUUGUUCAAUAUAGAUAUGACCAUUCAAUAUUUAUUUAAAUCAGAUGAUAUCAAUGUACAAAUGUAUUUAGCUGAUCGAUUAUUCGGUUUUCCAGAAUCCGAUGUAGACUUUUAUUUAUUACAACUUGUUUCACUUUAUGAAAAAUCAACUUCAUUAGCUGAACACUUAACUAAUUAUUUCCUAUAUCGAUGUACAAAGUCUAUUUCGUUUGCAAUUAAUCUUGUUUGGUUACUGGAUGCAUUCAGUUCACAUUCAUUCAGUCCGUUAAAACAUCAUGUCCCAUCAAUUCUGCUUAAUCGUCCAUCAUCAGUGCCAACAUUUUCGUAUGUAUCGAAUCAAUUAUAUUUAAUGAAUCCCAAUGAUAAUUUUCAAUCAAUCAAUCACAGUAAAUCAAUAAAAUUAAAAUCGACUGCCUCCGCUGUUGCAUCAUUACAAGAGCUAGAUGAUGAUGAUGAUGGUGAUAAUCGUAACAAUAAUCAUCACAGUACAAUUGUGACUGUCACUCCCCCUACUACUACUACUACUACUACUACUACUACUACUACAGAAAUCACCAUGAAUUCAACUGAAUUGACCAAUAAUGAUAAUCAUCGAUAUGUGUAUACUGCACAAACAUUACGAGAUUUAUUAUUGCCUACUGAUGAGACUACAUGGGGUAAUUUUAUUUCUCAAUCGAUUAAAAAUGACAGCUACAAUAUAGGAUCAUAUAAUAAUGGUAAUAUUUCUUCUCCAUCAUCAAACUAUAAAUCAUCUCCAAAUAUCAAUAAUUAUAAGAUGAGACAUAAACGAAGUACAUCUGAUGUAACAAGUUUACGAAAUUAUCAUUAUUCUACUAAUCAAUCUAAACAUUCUCUUGCGAUGGAUCAAUUAAACUUAAUCAAUAAUGUUGAAAAUAAUCAAUCGAUAAGAGUAACAACGCCCAUCACCACCACGACAACAGUAACAGCAGCAACAACAACAACAACUUCUAAUCAAAAUCGUUGGUCAUCAUCAUCACAAGAUUCAGCUGUUUGUUUAUCAAAUAUGGAUGUAGUCGUCAAAAAAAAUCAACAUUCUCUAAACGAGUUACACUUUGAUGGAAAUUCAUUAAAAUCCAGUAUGAGUAUGAAUAAGAUUAUAACAAAAGAAAUUCUACCACAAUCGAGUCUUUCAAAAUAUUCUCAGUCAUCAAUUAAUUUACAACAAUUAUGUACUACAACUGAUAAUAUUAAUAAUAAUAACAAUAAUAACUAUGUACAAAUCAAAUCAUCAACAUCAUCUUUAAAUCAAACUGCUGCUAUUCCUAAUGAUCCAAAUACAUCGGUAUAUUCAACGCAUAACACAACUUCCAAUUCAAUGCUUACAACAACAACAGCAACAACAAUCACAGAAACAAAAUCCUGCCAUUCCAUAUCACAAUCAUCCAGUCCACUUGAUAGUGGUUUGUAUAUGAUGACCACUCCCAGUCAUUGUAUUAUACAACACGAUAGUGAUGAUUGCGUUGGUAUUGUUGACCAUGAUGCAGUUGUCAAUGAUGAUGUUGAUCGUGUUAAAUUAAAGUCGCCAGAGAGUUCAUUUCAUUUACCGCAUUGUCCACAUUAUCAUCAAACUUCAUCAGUUCUAAAUCGAACAUUAACACUGCGUAAUUAUCUAGUGCCGAGAAUAAUACCUGAAUGGGAUUUUGUUGAUAGUUUAUUGAGAAUAGCUCGUCGAUUAGUACCAAUUAGUCCUAAAGAACAAAGAACGGCUUAUUUGCAAGCAGAAUUAGCAAAUUUAAAUCUUCACUUACCUGCACGUGUUUGGUUACCAGUAAAUAAAGUUGGUCAUAUUGUUUUACGUAUUCCACCAACUGCUGCAGUUUGUUUAAACUCUAAAGAUAAAGCACCGUUUUUAAUUUAUGUAGAAAUAUUAUGUUGUGAUGAUCCUUCAGUUAUAUCUUUACCAAGUCGGCCAAUCACAACGGCUAAUUCAACGAGUUCUAAUUCAUUAUUGGCUGUCUAUCCAUGGAAUUCUAAUUCACAUACAGGUGGUUCCUGCUCCGCUGAAGUCAAUGGUAAUAAUACACAUACGUCAGAUGAAUUAAGUCUUCGCUCGUCUUCCAUCUCUUCGAAUAUUUCUUUAAAUGAAGAAACAAUCAGUCCUACAGAAUUUACACACCAACAGCAUCAGCCUCACCGUUUAAUGAAAGAUGAUGAAACAACCGAAGUCGAAGAGCAUACAACCAAAUCUAUGCCUAAUCAAUUGGAAUCAUUAACAAAAAACAAUUCUUCCACAGGUGUUGUUGAUUCAAUUACACUGGUCAAUACUAAUCAAUCAAAAUCUCCAAUUUAUAUCAGUGCUGGUGAAAUACGUAAUCGACUUAAAGAACAAUGUGAACUUCAACCUCAUAGAUCAUUUCGAUCUGAUCCAGAAGAUCCAAGUGCAGCUGUGUUAAAAGAACCAUGGCAUGUGAAAUGUGAACGUAUACGUGCAACAUCACCAUGGGGUAGUUUACCAGGAUGGAUUUUAACUAGUGCAAUUGUUAAAGUUGGUGAUGAUUUAAGACAAGAACAAUUAGCUUAUCAACUAUUGAGUGUGUUAAAAAACAUUUGGUCUAUGGAAUAUGUUCCAUUAUGGUUACGUCCAUUAACUGUGGUUGUUAUAUCAUCAGAUAGUGGAUUUAUUGAACCAGUACCUGAUACAGUAUCAUUUCAUCAAAUUAAACGACAUGCUCAUUUAUCAUUGUUAGAUUAUAUGCAUCGUGAACAUGGUGGUGAUAAUUCUGAGGAAUUUUUAACUGCACAACGUAAUUUUUUGCAUAGUUGUGCAGCAUACUGUUUAGUUGGUUAUUUAUUACAAGUUAAAGAUCGACAUAAUGGUAAUAUACUAUUAGAUAAUCAAGGUCAUAUUAUUCAUAUUGAUUAUGGUUUUAUAUUAUCUUCAUCACCGGGCAAGAAUUUAGGCUUUGAAACAAGUCCAUUUAAAUUGACAUUAGAACAAAUUGAUGUAAUUGGUGGUUUAAAUAGUGAUUUAUUUGAAUAUUUUAAAUUUCUUUUAUUACGUGGCCUGUUAGCUGCACGUAAACAUAUGGAACAGAUUUGUGUCCUAGUUGAAAUCGCUUAUGCUACUUGUCCUCAACUACCAUGUUUUGCUCGUGGCAAUAAUAGUAAUAAUAAUAAUAAUAAUAAUCGAACUAUCAAUGAUUUACGUCAACGUUUUCAAUUAUCACGUACUGAAGAACAAUUGAAACAAUUCAUUGAUCAAAUGGUACAUAAUUCAUUGAAUUCAAUGACAACAAAAUUAUAUGAUAGUUUUCAAUAUUACACAAAUGGUAUACAAUGAAAAAACAGCUUUAUAGUUUAUUUAAAUAAUCGAUAACAAAUACAACAGAAGCUUUUUAACGUUUCACAUCAUUCAUCAUUCCCCAGUGAUAAAAAUAAUAGAUUCAUUCAUUGUGUAAACCUUAUUGCCCCAAUCAUCAUGGCGAAAAUAUUGACAUUUAAUUAAUCCAUGUCAUAAUAUUAACAGUGUCAUUUUUCUCUUCAACAAACAAUUACACACAUACAGAGAAAGAGAAUACAUCAGAGUCAGCAGCAAUGAUUUCCGCAUAAUUUUGCUGUGUGGUUGGAAGGAGGUGGACUGUAUUCAAUGUCCGUGACACAUCUACAUACAUACGCACACAUACAUAUGGAUUCACUUGUAACUGUGAUUAUCAACUACGUGAAAAUGCCUUGUUAUCUCUUUGCUUAUUUGUUUAUCCCCUUUUUUUCAUCUGAAUUUGUUUUGUGGUUUGGGUAACCACCGGGGCUAAUUUCUUUACUUUAUAAAUAAAUAUGUAUUCAUUUUAUUUGACUACCUACCUCUUUUUGCCUGACAAAAAAUAAAUUACAUGGUGGGUGUUUUUCGGUGUAAAACUGGUUAACUUUGAUUUUUCAGCACCACACCACACCAAACAACACUACCACUACUGUUUCUCAUUGAACGCAACUCCUCAUCAAACAGAUAGAUGAUCAAGAUCCGCGUGUGUGUGUGUGUGUGUGUAUAUUUUGGCUUGUACACCUGAAUGUUUUUGUUGUACCAUACAUACAUUAAUUAAUCUACUAAGAAAACUGACCUAAUUUUACGCCUGUUUUUUUUUAAAAAAAACAAAUUUAAUGACAUAAUAGCAACUUUUUAUUUUUAUUUUCCACUCGGAUUUCAGAUAUCAAUCACUUUGUUUUGUGCUCCUUCUUUCUCUUCUCCUCAAAUUAAUUGCCAAGUGUGUAAUGUGUCGGUCGCCUUUACUGUUAUUUUAAUCUAUUACUAUUAUGCUCAAGGUGUAGUUUGGUAAAAACAUUUUCCUUUUGUAUUGUUGUUCUUGUGACAUAGAGAUAUUUGAAAAUUAAUUUAUACAUCAUUUCUGGGUUUGUUAUGUAUGUACACGUAUGUAUGUAAACAUUUAUUUUUUGGUUGAAAUAAAUUCAUUCUAUUUAA